UCCCCUCCCUGCUCUCAUUCUCCCCCCUCCCCGCUCAGGUUCGGUUCCCGCUGUGCGCGGAUUUUCCGCCUGCUGCUGCGGAAGCAGCACCUGGAGCAGAAGCAGGUGGAGGAUUUCGCCAUGAUCCCGGCCAAGGAGGCCAAGGACAUGCUGUACAGGAUGCUGUCCGAGAGCUUCGUGGCGCUGCAGGAGAUCCCGCGGACCCCCGACCACGCUCCGUCGCGCACCUUCUACCUGUACGCCGUCAACGUGCCGUCCUCCGCCCGCGUGCUGCUGCAGCGCUGCUACAAGGUGCCCCGCCGGCCUCCGCGGCGUCCGGCCCCGGUCUUACGGGGCUUCCCGGCGUGCGGCCGCCCCACGGCCCUACAUACAGCCCUGUGUGCCACCCCAUAGCCUUGUGUGCCACCCCACAGCCCUGUGUGCCACCCCAUAGCCCCACACACCGCCCUGUGUGCCACCCCACGGCCCUA